UAUCCUUUACUCGUUGAAUAUAGGAUUGUUUCCCCUUUCAGAACUUCCGUUGCUGAAUUAUAUUUCACUUUUUCAUUCAUAAUUUUACUGAAAUGGCAGACAAGCAAGAAAAGAAACCAGACUUGGGUCUAUUGGAAGAAGACGAUGAGUUUGAAGAAUUUCCAGCAGAAGACUGGACAGAAGAAAAUGAAGAUGAAGCAGAUAUAAAUGUUUGGGAAGAUAACUGGGAUGAUGAUAAUUUAGAUGAUGAUUUUUCAGUACAAUUGAGAGCUGAACUGGAAAAACAAGGAAAGAAUGCAGAUGGAAGUGAACCAAUGAAAACAUAGUGAUUGUUAUACUUAAUGUUUUGUAUGAAUGAGAAGAUGUGUCAAAAUCCAUUGUGUUUGUCAUAAUUCAUGUAUGAAUGUAGUAAUAAAAAAUGGAAAAUAAAAAAGAUUCAGUAUUUUUA